ACUCUGGUUCCUAUUGAAAGAAUGUGAAUCUAUUUUUUUUGUACACGGAAAUAUGUCAAAGAUUGACUGUACCGCAACAAUUAUAAAAUUAUUGUUAUUCUUCUCUAACGUCUUCUUUUGGAUUGUAGGAAUUCUGGUAAUUGGAUUUGGUAUUUGGGUCAUUCAGCAAGAAAGCGAACUUUUGGGUGACAAUGCUGAUACAGAAGUGUAUAAAAUUGUUUAUUCAGUAACAAUUGUGAUAAUAUUGGUCGGGGUGAUUGUUUUCAUAGUUGCUUUCGUUGGAUGUAUUGGUACGAUAAGAGAGAAUAUAACUAUAUUAAACGUCUUCAUCGGUCUUCUUAUUGCCGAAGUUGUUGUUGAAUUAAGUCUGAUUGUUGUAGGAUUUUCUCUAUAUGAAACAAUUAAGGAUGAAGUGAUUGAUAGUUUAAAAGAUACCUUGGUAUAUUAUCUAGAUUCGCCGUCAAUAAGAGAUUUAAUUGAUACAUUUCAACAAGCAUUUCUAUGCUGCGGUGUUUCAACAAAAGGCUAUAAGGACUGGAAAGUCAACGAAUACUACGGCUGUAAAGAAAAUAAUCCAUUCUACCUGGCUUGUAGUGUACCGUGGACAUGUUGUAUUGGAGCUAAAGAUGACCAAGAAACCAUGAUAAAUAGAAUGUGCGGAAAAGGAGUUCUUGAAGAUAAGUCAGAGAAUAUUGGAGCUAUUUACACAGAAGGUUGCAUUGAUGCCGUUCAUAAUAAAUUAAAAUCAAAUCUCUCAAUUGUUCUUGGCAUGGUUACUGGAGUUUUCUUUCUGCAGAUAAUUGGAAUAUUUUUAGCAUUCCUGCUCAGAGUAACUAUCAAGAGUAAUCAAUCUGAAAUCAAUCGACCAACGAAUAAUUCUGAAGAAGACAAUGAAUAA